UCCGGACCCGGAAGUGCGAUGUUGCUGUUGAGUCACCCCUGACUGGUAACAGCCAGAUAGCGGAAAACAACUCGAGAUGAUGCUGAAGAACUGGUCGUCUUUAAACCUAUCCAGAAACUGAAUAAAUGCUCGUUUCAGUAAGGAUAUCACCUCGAGUAUCUUUGUUACACCGUACCAGCCUGACCUUGUAUCAAAAUGAUGGAGGAAAUUGACAGAUUUCAAGUGCCUCCAGUUAAUCCAGAGAUAAAGCUGCUGGACUCCACAGCAACGUCUGCUUCGGAGGCUGACUCAAAUACGAGAGAACCAGAGUCAGUCGCCAUCAGCUACAAGCCCUCCCCACUACAAGUGAAAAUAGAGAAACAGAGAGAACUGGCACGGAAGGGUUCGGUGAAGAAUGGAACUGUGGGCAGUCCGGUCAAUCAACAACCCAAGAAAAAUAAUGUCAUGGCCAGGACAAGGUUGGUCGUCCCUAAUAAAGGCUAUUCAUCCUUAGACCAAAGUCCAGAUGAGAAGCCGCUUGUAGCCUUGGACACAGACAGUGAUGAUGACUUUGAUAUGUCCAGAUAUUCAUCGUCUGGAUAUUCCUCAGCUGAGCAAAUAAACCAAGACUUAAACAUCCAGCUGCUGAAGGACGGCUACCGAUUGGACGAGAUCCCAGAUGACGAAGAUUUGGACCUCAUCCCACCCAAAUCAGUCAAUCCCACCUGCAUGUGCUGCCAAGCCACUUCCUCUGCAGCCUGUCAAAUUCAGUAACCCUCCCAAACCUCUGAGUUAAGCUCAAAAUUAACUCAACCCUCAGCAUAGAGUAACUACUAAAGAACUAAGAAACACAAUAGAAUGGGUUUAUUUCAAUUAAUUUAUUAAAGGGAAUAGUACUGAAUGAAAUGCACAAGAAA